CACAUAGAUCACAAUUGUCGAAUCCAUUAGCUGUUUAUCAAUUUGUUUUACACAAUCGAUGGAUGUUCAUACUGGAAAUUGGAACCAGGAAAAUGAAGAUCAAAAUCCCGGGAAGGAUUUGGGUAAUAUCAAUGAUCCCAAGAAUCUGGACGCAAAUCAUGCAGAAGACGAAAAUCACUUCUUUGAUGAAGAUACAGAGGUUAAUAUCGAUUUCAGUGAAGGACAACCACAUGUUAGACAUUAUUACGUUUCUCCUGGUGGCACCUUGUAUUGGACCCCGAUUGUUUCAGAUGAUAUCAAACCAAAAGUUUCAUCAAAAUUUAAUUCAUAUGGUGAAGUAGAAACAAUGUAUAGAAACUAUGCAUUAGAAUCUGGUUUUGAUGUCAGGCUUGGAAGAGUCCAAAAAACGAAAAAUGAGAUUAUUACAAAUAGGCAUCUUGUCGGUCCUUCGUUUCGAGGUGGAUUGGUUUAUGAUUUCAAGAAUGCUAGGAGAAAUCUUAAUUGUUGCAUAGGUAGAAGGGACGCGAAAUUCCUUGUUGACAAGAUGAAUGACAGGAAGAAAAAUGUCCCAUCAUUUACUUUUAAGUAUAAAGUGUUGAACAAAAGACUGGAUGGUCUAUUUUGGGCUGACGAAACAGCAAAGUAUAACUACAAUUCGUUCGGAGACGUUGUAUCACUCGAUGCCACAUUCAGCAUGAAUAAGUAUUUCUAA